AUGACUCAUUUUUCCCAAAACGUACAAGCUAUGGCUUUUUCCCAAGAAUGUUCAUCAUUCUUUGGAUCUGCCCUCGGCUCUACUGAAGAAAUAAACAAUCAAACUUAUAUCCCGAAAUUACCUAGUGAAUUGUCGCUCGAGCACUCAUCGAGCCAUAGCUGGUUAUCUGAAGAGAUCAAAGAUGGUGAAACACCUGUUUAUCCAGCUAUAAAACCUGGAGAAGCGUCGCUACAUGCUGAAUUCGAGACUAAUCUGUUUCCAAAUGAUAACAAAAUAUCGUCAUCUUCAUCGUCCCUUUCAGAAGGUGAGCCGGAAUUAACUGAUGUCGAAUCACAAAGAAAGCUAAUAUGGAUAGACCAAUCGCAUGAUCUAUCAAGUUACUCCGGACGGGUUAACCGCUCAAAUGGACGUAGCUCAACAUUAGAGGAUGUCGAUGGGGUGCGUAGGCGCCUCGAGAAACGCAAACGACGUAGCUCUCCAAAAAAUUUGCUGUCGGAAGAUCUACAUGAAACAAAACGGUUAAAGAAUACAAUAGCUGCAAGAAGAUACAGAGAAAGACGGCAAAAAGAAGUUGAAAUUCUUGACAAAAAGGUUAAGGAACUUGAACAUGAACUUUCUACUACCAAAAUGGAAACCAAAUGGUGGCAGAUGGAGGCACGAAGAUGGCAAGAAUUAGCUGAGAAAAGGGAGGAAAAGUAG